AUGUCGGCCAUCUACGGGAUCAACGCCAACAACGACGCCACGGCCGCUAGGCAGGGCGUCCCCGAGGCAGGCGGAGCCCACCCUGCGCAUGCCGCCGACGAGAAGCCCAAGGCGGGCUCCGUCACCGAUGCCGGCACCGAAGAUCUGAUCAACGAGAAGCCCUCGUCUUCUCCCGCCGAUACCCUGGGAAAGGAGGACGAUGAUGACGAUUCCGAGAUGGAGCGACGAACCUCGAUUGUCCAGGCUCUGGCGCGAUCUUACUCACACGCAUCUGCCGCUCAGUUUCCCGGCCAGAACCCCUUCCAGGCCGACGAGAACUCACCUCUCAACCCCAACUCUGAGAACUUUAGCGCUCGCGAAUGGGCCAAGUCCAUUGUUGAGCUGGUGAACCAGGACGGUCAUGCUUUCCGACACGCUGGUGUGUGCUUCCAGAACCUCAAUGUUUAUGGUUUCGGCGAGGCCAGCGACUACCAGGGUGAUGUCGCCAACGUCUGGCUCUCCGCCGGCAGUCUCGUUUCGCGAUUGACUGGCAGCGGCCGUUCGCGCAUUGAUAUCCUGCGUGGUUUCGAUGGUGUUGUGCGCAACGGUGAGAUGCUCGUUGUGCUUGGUCCUCCUGGUGCUGGUUGUUCCACCACCCUCAAGACCAUUGCUGGUGAACUCAACGGUAUCUACGUCGACGAUGGAUCCUACUUCAACUACCAGGGUAUGACCGCCAAGGAGAUGCACUCUCACCACCGUGGUGAGGCCAUCUACACCGCCGAAGUCGAUGUCCACUUCCCUCAGCUGUCGGUUGGCGAUACCCUCACUUUCGCCGCCCGAGCUCGUCAGCCCCGCCAGCUCCCCCAGGGUCUGAACCGAAACGACUUUGCCGAUCACCUGCGAGAUGUUGUCAUGGCCAUGUUUGGCAUCUCUCACACCGUCAACACCCGCGUCGGUAACGAGUACAUCCGUGGUGUCUCGGGUGGUGAGCGCAAGCGUGUCACCAUUUCCGAGGCCGCCCUGUCUGGCGCUCCUCUGCAGUGCUGGGAUAACUCAACUCGAGGUCUGGAUUCGGCCAACGCCAUUGAGUUUUGCAAGACCCUCCGUCUUCAGACCGAGCUCUUUGGCAGCACCGCCGUCGUGUCCAUCUACCAGUCUCCCCAGAGCGCCUACGAUCUCUUCGAUAAGGCCACUGUCCUUUAUGAGGGUCGCCAGAUCUUCUUUGGCCGCGCCGACGCUGCGAAGCAGUACUUUGUUAACCUGGGUUUCGAGUGCCCUGCUCGUCAGACCACCCCCGAUUUCCUCACCUCCAUGACAGCUCCCCUGGAACGUCAUGUGCGACCUGGAUUCGAGGGCAAGGUGCCUCGCACACCUGAUGAGUUUGCUACCGCCUGGAAGAAUAGCGCCGAGUACCGUGCUCUCCAGGCUGAGAUUGAGGAGUACAAGGUGGCUCACCCCAUCAACGGCCCUGACGCUGAGGCUUUCCGUGCCUCCAAGCAAGCCCAGCAGGCCAAGGGUCAACGAAAAAAGUCUCCUUUCACCCUCUCUUACAAGCAGCAGAUUCAGCUGUGUCUGUGGCGUGGUUGGAAGCGACUUAUUGGUGACCCCGGUUUGACUGUCGGUGCCUUGAUUGGUAACUUUGCCAUGUCUCUCAUUAUCGGAUCCGUCUUCUACAACCUCGACGAGAACUCUAGCAGUUUCUUCCGUCGUGGUGCCCUUCUGUUCUUUGCUUGUUUGAUGAAUGCUUUUGCCAGUGCCCUCGAGAUCUUGACCUUGUACGCACAACGCCCAAUUGUCGAAAAGCACAGCCGUUACGCUCUUUAUCAUCCUUCCGCUGAGGCUAUUUCCUCCAUGCUUUGCGAUAUGCCAUACAAGAUUGCCAACACCAUCGUCUUCAACUUGUCACUUUACUUCUUGACAAACCUGAAGCGUGAGCCCGGAGCGUUCUUCUUCUUCCUGCUCAUCUCGUUCGCUACUGUCUUGGUCAUGUCCAUGAUCUUCCGUACCAUCGCCUCGGCCUCGCGCACCCUGUUCCAGGCUCUCGUCCCUGCUGCCAUUUUGAUUCUGGAUCUCGUCAUCUUUACCGGUUUCGUCAUUCCUAAGCGUUAUAUGCUGGGUUGGUGCAAGUGGCUCUACUGGAUCGACCCCAUUGCCUACGCUUUCGAGGCCCUGGUCGUCAACGAGUUCCACGACCGCGAUUACACUUGCGACGAGUUUAUCCCCCGAAACGACGUUGAAGGCUACGCCGAUAUCCCCUCGGCCAACCGUGUCUGCAGUGCUGUCGGUGCUGUUGAAGGCCAGGCUGCUGUGAAUGGUGACCGUUACGCCGAGCUCAACUUUGACUACAAGUGGGAGAACCGCUGGCGCAACUUUGGUAUCGUCAUUGCCUGGACCGUUCUGUUCCUCAUUACCUACAUGGUUUCUGCCGAGCUCGUCUCUGAGAAGAAGUCCAAGGGUGAAGUCCUGGUUUACCGUCGCGGUCACAAGCCUGCUGCUGUUGCCAACGCCGAGAAGAAGCACAGCGAUCCCGAGGCCGCCAUGGCCCACAUUGGUCCCAUCGUCACUACCGAGCGAACUCGCAGCCGAACCGCCAAGGAUGGUGGUAUUCUCCAGGAGCAGACUUCUGUUUUCCAGUGGCACGAUGUCUGCUAUGAUGUCAAGAUCAAGACCGAGACCCGCCGCAUUCUGGAUCACGUUGACGGCUGGGUCAAGCCUGGUACUCUGACUGCUCUGAUGGGUGUCUCUGGCGCCGGAAAGACGACUCUUCUGGAUUGUUUGGCCGACCGUACUUCUAUGGGUGUCAUCACCGGUGAGAUGUUGGUUGACGGAUCCCCUCGUGACAUGUCCUUCCAGCGCAAGACCGGUUAUGUUCAGCAGCAGGAUCUCCACCUUCAGACCUCGACCGUUCGAGAGGCCCUCAACUUCAGUGCCCUCCUGCGCCAGCCCGCCCACGUUCCCCGCGAGGAGAAGCUCGAGUACGUCGAGCAGGUUAUCAAGCUGCUUGAUAUGGAGGAAUACGCCGAUGCCGUUGUUGGUGUCCCUGGUGAAGGUCUCAACGUCGAACAGCGAAAGCGCCUGACUAUCGGUGUUGAACUUGCCGCCAAGCCCCCCUUGUUGCUCUUUGUCGACGAGCCUACCUCUGGUCUUGACUCGCAAACGUCUUGGGCUAUUCUCGACCUUCUUGAGAAGCUGACCAAGGCCGGCCAGGCCGUCCUCUGCACUAUCCACCAGCCUUCUGCCAUGUUGUUCCAGCGCUUCGACCGACUCCUCUUCCUGGCCAAGGGCGGCAAGACUGUCUACUUUGGUGACAUUGGUGAGAACUCUCAUGUCAUGACCAGCUACUUUGAGCGCAACGGUGGACACGCGUGCCCUCCCGAGGCCAACCCCGCCGAAUGGAUGUUGGAAGUUAUUGGUGCCGCUCCCGGAUCCCACACCGAGGUCGAUUGGUUCAAGACAUGGCGCGAGAGUCCCGAAUACCAAGAGGUUCAGAACGAGCUCGAGAGGAUCAAGCAGGAGAAGCAGGGCGUUUCUGACAUUGACGAGGACCCCGCCAGCUACCGCGAAUUCGCCGCUCCUUUCAUGGUCCAACUCAAGGAGGUCCUGUACCGCGUUUUCCAGCAGUACUGGCGCACCCCCGUCUACAUCUAUUCCAAGGCCGCUCUUUGCACCCUCGUCGCCCUCUUUAUCGGUUUCGUCUUCUUCAAAGCCCCCAACAGUAUCCAGGGUCUCCAGAACCAGAUGUUUGCUAUUUUCAACCUGCUCACCAUCUUCGGUCAACUCGUUCAGCAGUCGAUGCCGCAGUUCGUUAUCCAGCGCUCCCUGUAUGAAGUCCGCGAGAGACCCUCCAAGGUGUACUCUUGGAAGGUUUUCAUGGUCUCGCAGCUUAUUGUCGAACUUCCCUGGAAUGCGUUGAUGGCCGUCAUCAUGUUCUUCUGCUGGUACUACCCUGUCGGCCUCUACAACAACGCGUCGGCUGCCGACCAGCUGACGGAGCGUGGCGGUCUGAUGUUCCUCUUCCUGUUCAUGUUCCUCAUCUUCACCUGCACCUUCUCGACCUUCAUCAUCGCUGGAUUUGAGACAGCUGAAGCUGGCGCCAACGUCGCUAACCUGAUGUUUAUGCUUUGCCUGAUCUUCUGUGGUGUCCUCGCCCCCAAGGACUCGAUGCCCGGCUUCUGGAAGUUCAUGUACUACGUGUCACCAUUCACAUAUCUAGUCGGAGGCAUGUUAUCCACGGCCGUCGCUAACGCCGAUGUCGUCUGUGCCAGCAACGAGUGGGUGUCCUUCACUCCCCCCAACGGCACCACUUGCGCCAAGUUCAUGGAGAGCUACAUUGCCCAGGUCGGCGGCAAGCUCCAGGACCCCGAGGCCACCGACAAGUGCAGCUUCUGCACCAUCGCCUCUACCAACGUCUACCUCGGUGCCGUCAACAUCGACUACGCCGACCGCUGGCGCAACUUUGGCCUCCUCUGGGUCUACGUCUUCUUCAACAUGGCCGCCGCCCUGUUUGUCUACUGGCUUGCUCGCAUGCCCAAGAAGACCUUCAAGAAGAAGGAGAAGAAGGCGUAA